GGGACUGUUUAUAUCUACACAUUUGGUGCAGAGCCAGCGCUAGAUAAAGUCCUAGAAUCCUGUGAUGGGAAAGUCCUGGCAAUGGACUUCAUCACACCUGGGACCAAGCAUUUCCUGACGCUCACAAAUUCAGGGGAAGUUGCUAUUUUGUGGAUAGAAGAUUGCACUUGUGCAAGCAGGAUUUUGCUGGGAACUCCCGCAACAGCUCUAGCAUGCUCCCCUUCCUCCGCGACGGCUGUCGUGGGCACAAUGGAUGGCUAUCUAUACUUCCUGGAUAUCCACAACGUGGAGGCCCCUCGGGUGAUUCACAAGAUCUUCCUCUCCGAGUCACCGGUGAAGAUCUUGACCUAUGACCAGCGAGGCUAUUUCCUGUUGGUCGGUACAGUCGAAGGGAACAUCUUUGUUAUUGAUGCCAGACCCUCAAGCUCGUUUAAGAUUUUCGGAUACACUGAGACGAACAGAGACAUUCUGCAGAUAUCCACGGUGUCCCUCCCGCAGUCGGACGUGGUGCAAGUGUUGGUGCUGUCCCCACUUCCGGAAACAGGAAGAAGCAGGCUGGAGUACUUCACGCUGCCUACCAUGCUAUCACGAGUUUCUCACACCUUCUCUGAUGAGAGGGGAAGGCUGAAGGACAACUUCAUCCACAAGUUACUGUACGAGGUGGAGCACUCUCUGUCCUCCGCUGUGCUCGGCUUUGGAGAUGACAAGAUCUACGGCUUCUGCAGCCAAGUGCCGUACAUCUGCAGCUAUCUGAUUCCCGAGAAGAAUCACAUUGGUGUUUGUGUACUUAAGCCACACCAAAAAGUCCAAACCAAACAGUAUGGAUCUGGAAUGAUCAACAUGUCUUCACAUGGAUUAUGGCUCCUGACAAUAGCCAAAUGUGGAUUUCUCUGUGUCCGAGAUAUUUUCAGCCUGGAAACGUUUGCUCGGUGUCGGAGUCAUUCUCACCAGGGGCACGGGAUCCAGUACAUAAAAAUGUCCAUGGAUGGCCAGCACAUCCUUGUGAACGGGAAAGAUGACGGCACCCUCGCCUACCUCAAGUGGAAGCGGCUUGGAGCAAACUUAGCAAAUGAGAUCUUUGAACACUGCCAACAACUAAUAGUCGGUCUGAGCAAGAUGGUGGAAAAAGAAAAUCAAUAUUUAGCCGCAUCAGAAGUUUCCCAAGAUGUGGAGCAAGAGGAGCCAACUGAAUCCAAUAAAAAGCUGAGCUUGGACUCAUCACAAGAGGAAUUAGCCAUCGAUUCUGACAAGGAAAUUUCUUGGAUCCAACAAAAAAGUGAAGAGGCCAUCAAAAACGAGGUCAGACUGUUUUCACAGAAAAGGAAAGAGAUCAAAAGAGGAAUCAAGGAGCUUUCUCGAACUAUUACGGGCAUGAUGGAGGAAAACGAAAGAGUGGACCCAAUUGCAAAGUUAGAGGAACAGGAAUUCUGCCUGGACCUGGAGGAGCUUGAGAGGCUUCACGAUGAGAGCGAGGAGGAGGUGGCAAAGAUAAGAAAAGAGGUGGAGAUGCAUAACUUGGCCAAGAGCUAUUUAACUGAGCUCAUCCGGGAGGAGUGCUGGAAUUCCAUGGUUGUGAAGGGCCGAGCCCUGAAGUGCUUCCACAUCCCCUAUGUGGUUGAGAACUUCCCCAUGAAAGCGCGCACAGAAGAAGAGCUGCAGCAGCUGAACAGAGUUGUGCAGCAAAAGAAGACCGAGGCAGAGUGUCUAAAGCUACGGAAGGAAAUUGUAGAGGUCCAGUCUUCGACCACUAUGAUUAAAAAGCAUCAUGAAGAGGAGGAUGAAGAAGAAGAGGAUGAAGAAAAUGUAGCAAAAGACACCAGUCUGCCCAACUACCUACUUGGUAGUUUGAGUACUGAUUUUGGGGCAGAUACCUCUCUGUUGACAAGUCAAUUGGAACUUCAUUCAAGAGAGGAGAAAAUCAACCAAAUUAUAUUACUAAAAGAUAUCAUUUACAAGGUAAAAAUGGCUUUCAACAGUGAAUUUGAUGCUGCCUAUAAACAAAAAGAGAUUGAAAUUGCACGCGUAAAAGAAAGGAAUGUUAGAAUUGAAGAAAUUAUUACAGACCUGGAACUAGAAGAAAAAGUUUGGCAACCAGUGUUUGAAGACUGCGAGAAGCCAGAAAGAGCCCUUGUUGUGGAAGACGAUGAGAUUUCACUUCAAAAAUACCUUGCUCCAUGGCAAAAAUCAAAAACAGAAAUGACCACACCCUUUGAAAUGGAGCAACUGAAUCAAGCACAGGCCUCCAAUGCAAGACAAAGAGGCCUGAUGGACAUGAUGGGAGGAGUUCUGGAAGUCAAGAAGGAAGACAUCUUGAGAAUGGUGAUCCCUCAGCCUGCUUUCAUGGCAAAAGCUGAAGCUUUGUGGAGUGAAGAAGAAAGGAAACAAUUCAAAGAGUAUGAGAAAAAAGUCAAGGAUCUAAAUGAAGAGAGAGAUAAGUACAGAAAGUCUUUAGAAGCAGAACUGAAGAAACUUCAAAACUCUAUCCAAGAAAGCACCCAGAACUUUGACGAGCACUUGAAGAGACUCUUCGAUAGAAGAGUGAAGGCAGAGAUGGUUGUCAACCAGGAGGAGCUGAAAAUAAACAACCUUGUGUUUUCUUUGCUUCUGGAUGAAGAAUUGAGCUCCAGGGAGCAGUUCCUGAACAAUUACCUUCUGAAGAAGCAAGAGGAGAAAAGCAAGACUGCAGAAGCCAUCCAGAAAGCUAGAGAAGACCUGGAUGUGUUCAAGGAGCACCAUGACAACUUGGUGGCCGAAGACAAAAUUCUGGAUCGCAGCUUCAAAAAGGAAUUUUCUGAAAUUUCUGGUCACCAGGUGGACAUACUCUACAAACUUUUUAAACGCCGGCCAAGGGUUCACAAACAGAAAACACAUGCAGAUGUGAACAGUCUUGUUCCUUAUGGAGAGCGACCAGCAUCUGGCAAGUUAAGUAAGGACAACUUUACCCAGCUAAUGAAAUCCAUGGAUGAACUGGACAAUAUCAGUAACAUGCCAGAAGGUUUGGACCCCUUCGUCUGGGAACAUUUCUGCACAACCAGACGAGCAAAAGUGGAAAACGAAUACAAAGUCAAACAGAAGGCCGCCGGCCUCCAGGAAAUGACGACCUUUCUCCGGAAGAGAGUGGAAGACGACGAGGCCGUGCAGCAUGAGAUUGAAAAGGUGUUCCAGGAGCUCCUCCGAUUACAGGACGAGAAAGUGAGAUUCCAGGUGAACUUGACAAUACAAAUUCUUCUUAAACAAGGACAAGUAGAACUGGAGAAUUUCCAGCUGACUCUGGAAUAUUCUGAUGCAAUUCUCAUCAAUAAGAGCAUAAUUGAAGACUUGAAUGCUGUGAUUCGGGCUCAAGGACAAAAGAAAGUUGCCAGCAUGGUGGAAAGUAAAGAAGUCCACAAAGGCAUCUAUCUGAUCGAGUGGGAACAUAAGAAAAUGGAGAUGGAAAUGGAAGAUCUGAAUCAGAAGGCCUGGGACAUCCAGACGCUGUUCUUCUCGCGAGAUCGUCAAAAGUACCUAAACGAACCAAACUACGAGAAUCUGAUUGCUGUUCAGAUUGGAAUAAUGGAGCAAACAAUUAAUGUUAUAGAUAAGACUCACAGGAAGAACGUAGAAAACUGCAAAAAAUUAAUUAAAAAAUUGGGAAGAUACAGUAAUCAGAAAGACAUAGCAAAUUACAUGCUGAGCUGCAAUCUGCGGGAAGAACUAGUGGCUGUCUCCGAGAGACAAGACAUCUGCAAUGAAAUGGGGUCUAAGCUGACUUGUGAAAAGAUUGCCAAAGAACGGUAUGGAAACCUGCUGAAAAAACAGAAGCUGACGUACAUCUCCAAGCAGCAAGCUGAGCAGAUUUCAAUACUGCAGGCUGAAGUUGAAAGGCUAAGGAUGAAAACAUUCCCUGCUCUUGUUCCCAUGUAGAACACCAACCAGAGCAGGAGGCAAACUAGUUACUCCAAAAUAGUGUCACUUAGAUAAAAACGACUUUCUCUCUUGUAUCACGGAAUUUAAGUAGGUUACCUCUUAGCUGCACAUUUUUAAUAAAUUAAGUUUAGGUUAAUCAGUAUACAACUAUUUGUCCUACAUAAAUAAAUGAGUAAAAUACCA